UGUGUACUUAUUUUCUCUACAGUACUGGAGAUAAAUGUGUCCUUAAUUUUAAACCAUGUGGACUGUUUGGGAAAGAGCUUCACAGAGUAGAGGGAUACAUUCAGGACAAAAACAGAAAGAAGCUGUGCGUGAUCUAUGGCAAGUGGACAGAAUGCUUAUGGUGCACUGAUCCCACCACGUAUGAGACUUACAAAAAGAAUGAAAAGAGAGGUGGUGAGCAGAAGAAAUUAAAGCCGAGUGAAGAUGUUAUUAAAUCUGAAAAUGAUGAAGCUGAUGAUAUGCCAGAGGUUCAAGACACAGUACAGUUCAUACCAGGCAGUAAAUUGCUUUGGAGAAUAAAUUGUAGGCCACCAAACUCAUCACAGAUGUACAAUUUCACCAGUUUUGCUGUGAGUCUCAAUGAGCUAGAAAAGGGCAUGGAAGCAAUAUUAGCUCCCACUGACUGUCGGCUACGUCCAGAUAUCAGAAACAUGGAGAACGGAAACAUGGAUGUGGCUAGCAAAGAAAAAGAGAGACUAGAAGAGAAACAGAGAGCUGCUCGCAAGGAACGUGCAAAAGAUGAAGUGGAGUGGCACACACGAUGGUUUCAUCAAGGCACUAACCCAUACACUGGGACUUCAGACUGGCUGUACUCAGGUGGCUAUUUUGAUAGAAAUUUCUCAGACUGUCCAGACAUAUACUGAAAUUAUGGAACCAAUUGCUCAUCUCAUCUGGACAUCUAGUUACUAGAUUUCAUUCCAAGCCAGUUACUCUGGUUUUGUUGAUAGCAAAAACCAGCUUUUCUAAGUCAAUUUUAACAAAAAUUCUAUUGGUCAACAAUCAAGGAUUUAAUUAUCACUAACGUUGGAUUGCCAAAUAUUUAAAUACUGUUGCAUUCUUUCCAUAAAGCUGCACCUGAAAUCCUCAUGUUUUCACUAAUUUUCAAAGGGACCUUUUGGUUCUUCAUUUUUAUUUUUUUUUCCCUAGUUUCUUUGUCAGGAAGAUACGCUGUAUCUGUUAGAGCACAUAACAUCCUUGAAAACUAUGUAACUUAAAUAAAAUAGAGAUAAUAUCCUUGUUACUUAGUACAAUAGUGAAGAAUCUGAAGUUUUUGGAACUCGGAGCAGGGAUGAAAAACUAAGAUGGUACCAACAGGAUCAAAUCUGGUACUGUCAAUACUCCCCGUGGAGAGAAGCAUGUGAACCUUCCAUAUGGUAUGUAGCACUCUGGGGGGACUGGAGCUCCUGGCCCCUCUCUCUC